AUGUCAUCGACCGGACCGGCUCUGAGGUGCCAGAAAUGCAAGACGACCCUUCAUAUCGAUGGCUCGCUGGAUAGUCUAAACCCAGCGUCGUUCAAAAUCUUGGCAGAUGCUGCUCCAGCCCUCGAGCCAAAGGCACCGGAGGCACCGCGUUCAGCAGCCGCAAAGGAGCGAAGACAGCUCUACAAUGAUGUCUCGAAGCAAGCCGGUCCACCGAUGCACAAGCGGACCGUCACUGCGAAUCAAGGCACUCCGAGUGGCAAGCAAUAUCCCGAUAUGUCAUACAUAAACAUAUCGGAUUCACAAGUUGUGCCUGCAAGUCAACAUGACGCCUUCACAUCGCCAACAAGGAAGAAGUCUGUAACAAAGAACAGCGACUCACUAAACACUGCUAAUGGAGAAACCCGCAUGUCACGGGAGAUGGAGAGUGUGAUGCGUCUGUUCGAGAUUCUUUCUGCUCGGUCCGACAUCGAUCAUCCAGUAUGCUCCGAAUGUACUGAGAUACUGCUGGAAGGCCUCCAACGACGUCAGGCCGGUAUCAGCAGGGAGCGAGAUGCCUAUGUCGACUUUCUGAAGAAGGCUCAGCAAGACGUCCCUACUGACGAGGAGAAAGCGAAGACGAAGCGGGAUCUGGAGGAUGCUCGACAGCGAGAGAAGCAGGCGCUGCAGGAACUUGAGGCUCUUGAAGCCGAGAAAGCUCGAAUGGAAGAUGAGAUCGCAGCCCUGGAUGCCGAAGCCGGGGAACUGGACGAGGAAGAGGACCAAUUCUGGCGUGAGAGAAAUGCCUUUGCUGCUGAGCUAUCUGCCUUCCAGGAAGAACGUGACAGCUUACAAAAUCAGCUCGCACACGACAACAAGGUUCUUGAGGCGCUGCAGCGCACUAACGUGUACAAUGACACCUUUUGCAUUGGCCACGAUGGUACUUUCGGCACAAUCAAUGGACUGCGCUUAGGAAGGACACCAGAGAUAUCCGUUGACUGGCCCGAGAUAAAUGCCGCAUGGGGUCAAACUCUUCUUUUGCUCACCGUUGUGAUCGAAAAGCUUGGACUCCAGCUCAAAGGCUAUGAACUUGUUCCGAUCGGCUCAACGUCCAAGGUAACUCGGCUUGAGUACCCUCAGAUAGCUUCCACGACAGACACCAAGCCAAAGAAGACCAUCUUUGAGCUGUUUAGCAGCGGCGAUCUUCCACUUGGGCUUGGAUUUCUACAUCGUAACUUCGAUAAUGCCAUGGUGGCUUUCUUGGAGUGCCUACGACAGAUCGGCGAACAUGUCGAGCAUACUACACCCAAGUCGGGGUCACCUGGCUUGAAGAUGCCAUAUGUGAUUGCGAAAGACAAGAUUGGCGAGGUGAGCAUAAAGCUCGGGAGCUUUGGUCAGGAAGAGCAGUGGACCAAGGCUUGCAAAUAUACCCUCACUUGCUGCAAAUUCCUGCUGGCACACGCAAGUCAUGUGGCAGACGCAGCUUAUACUAAGACUGGACGAUGA